AUGGCACGUGCAGAUGAAGAUGAGUUAAACAGGGAAAUCUCUGUUCUGCGCAGACUGAACCAUGACAAUGUGGUUCAGCUAUAUGGCACUUGCGCCAAGGACGGCAAGUUGUUGGAAGUGCUUGAAUUGUGUGGUCGCGGUUCUUUGGAUGUGGUCGUGAGGAAUGAACUUGUGACACAGCAGGUUGGGCGCCGGUACAGAAUGGCCUUGGAUGUAACAGCUGGUGUGUGCUACCUGCAUGACCAGAGAGUGUAUCACGGUGACUUGAAGCUGGCAAAUGUCCUUGUAAGCGACGAUUACAGGUGCAAAGUGGCGGACUUCAACUUAUCAAAAUUCAUUCCUUCAGGUACGGCUGCAUUUGAAGCUCGCGGUGGCACCAAGCUAUACUCAUCUCCUGAGGUACAGAAGGGAAAGGAUGCCAGCUUUGCAUCGGAUAUCUACAGUUUUGGUCUGUGCCUUUUCGAACUGUUGACUUUGCAAAACUAUGCCAAGCUGGUGAUGGAAAUGGGGGGUCGGGACCUUCUGAGGUGGCUCAGGGAUGGGCGCAUGCAAGUCGAGCUGAAGGGCUGGCCAGCGGAAUUUGUACCCCUGCGGGCGAUCGUGGACACUUGCACAGCUUAUUCUCCUGCGGAAAGACCCUCUGCUUCCAACAUCCUUGCUGCCUUCAAGUCGUUGGACCCCUGUGCUUCCGAAAUUACAGCCGGAGACGUGGCUGUCGCAACUUCUCGUGCUAUUUGCAAACCUGAGCAGUCUGGAUCCUCGUCGGCCGCGGCUCCUCGAAGAUCUCAGAUUUUACCAGCGUGUCGAUCUGAACAACAAGUACAAUGGUCAGAGUUGCAGGUCAGACAGCCUGCUGUCAUCACUGACUGCCGGCAUCCUGGAUGGGGAUCUGUUGCUGCGCUGCCGGAGUCGCACGUUGGGCGCGAGAAGUGCUUCGUGUUGCCGCCGUGGGCGUCACGACCUGCUCAAAAUCUCGCUCUGCCAGGAAUUCGAUUGCAAUGGUUUGGCCCCUGUCCCUUUCAACACAGCUUACCAUCAAACCCUGUGCAAAGACGACCGCUAGCAGAUGAUUCGACGGGGAACUGGGCCGGGCAGUGCAAGAUUGAGGAACUCCCAGACUCUCAGUUCUAUGUGGAGCAGCCAGAGAAAAUUUCGGAGGUACCGAGCGAAGACAAGGAGUAUGAGUCGCGGGGACUCUCUGCUCGUUACGUCCAUGCUGUCGAUGAUAUUUGCCAUGCAUACGGCCGGCUGUCCAAGGGCUCCAUCUUCAACACUGCCAAAGUCUCACUUGAGGAUUUGUUUUCAGACGAACGCCAUGACCAGAAGAUGCCGGAGAGCAGCGAUCCUGGAAGUGCAACUAUCGAUGCAGUGCAUAGUUUUCCUGGGUAUUACUUCACCUUUCCAUAUCGUCAUGGCAAGAAGCGUGGUCAGGUCUCCUUGUUUGACAUUCGAGACGUUGCUCUGGCACAGCACACACAGUUUCGCCAUGGUGACCGUCUGGAGCGUGAUGGACGCUACUUCACAGUCAUCGGAGUGCAAUUCAAUGCAAAGGGAAAACCUCGAGUCUACACUCAAGCUGAUGACGAUGCCGGAGCAGCAUUCCAUGAGGAUGAUCUUUCAUCAUUUCGCAAAGUCGGCAGCUUAAAAGUGGCUGCAGCGGAACCAACAAGAUCGACCUUCUCUGAUCAGCACGACACAUCGGAGCAGCUGGAUCGGAUCCUUGCGAAACUGAUUCAGAAAUGCAAGUUGGAUGGACCUGGCCGCAAGACAGUUGCAGUGAUGAGGCAACUUUUCAAACAGGGUGGCAAAAGCAAGGACAACAGCAACGCUCCCUGCGCCCUCUUCGAUUUGAAGCCUGAUUUCCCUGUGCAGCUUCGUUCGAGCCAGAAGGUGGUGAUGUGUGAUGUGCGGCCGGAUAUAUGCGAUCACUUCGGCUAUUCUCACGGGGAUUGGGUGCUGUACGAUUCCGAAGCAGGAGCCAUGUGGCUUGUGGUGGUUGGCGUGUGUGACAUGAAUGGAAAGCCCGCCUUGCUGUUCUGGCGUGACGGUGAUUCAGGAGCAGGGAUUAUGGAUCCCUUGCCUACUGAUAUGAAAGUGCUGUCUCGAAUCCAUCCUCGGGAAUUGCGAAGCCGCUUCGGAUCCCUCCCACCAUCAGCAUGCAGCUUCAACUUUAAGUUCAUGGCUGGUGAGACAGCCCCAGUUGUGCGGAAGUUUGCUACAUCAGCUGAAUCUUGCAAUGCCUUCGGCUUCGAGUUCGGAGAUGUCGUGAAGGACAAGUGGGGCAAGGAGUAUGUUGUUAUUGGUGUAGGACCACCAGCCGCAGGUCGCCACUGGCACAAAUCAAACAGGGUUCGUUUGUGGGCCUAUGAAGUCGGCAGCGAGGGAGCGCAACCACUCAAAGUCGAUUGCCACAUUCGUUUUGUCAGACGGGGCCCAGAACCAGUAGAGUUUGGCCCCAUAGGAGCAUUGGAAUGUACGUUUCCAUAUCCGGUGCGCACGCACGGCCAUGCUCCCAAACGAGCCGUCAAGUUCGAUGUCCGACCUGAAGUGUGCUCCAAGCUCACCGGCAUGUCAGAUCUCCAGCACGGAGCCCAGAUUCAGAAUGAGCAUGGGAGGAAAUUCUCUGUCGUCGGUGCAGCUUAUUAUCGCGGUCAACCGCAAGUUUGGUUUGAGCGUGAAGGAAAGUUGGGCGCAACCCUGUUUGACAAAACUGCAUUCCUGCGCAACUUUGAACUGGUAGGUCGAAUCUCUUUGCAGCCAUGUGGUGCUGAUGUUCCAGCCAUGCAUUUGCAGAGCUCGUUGGAUUGGGACGACGACGCCACAACUGGAGACAUGAAAGGACUCUUGGGGCUGCUGUGCUCAGGUGCCAGCCACACCCAGCUCCUCAAAGCUUUGGAAAGAAAAGCCAAGCACAAGAAGUACGCAAGGAAAAGCCAACUUCUGGAGAAGCGAAUAGACUCAGUCAACCUGAACAAGGAAGACAGCAUCAAGAGGGUUGAGCAUGGGGGCAUCAAAAAGGGUGAUCGCGUCAGUGGUCCGGCUGCUGGCCGGCCAACUGGUCGCGUUGGCAUUGUAACCAAUAUCGACGAGGGUGUUUUUCAAGUCGUUUCACUUUCAGAGUCAUCGCAGCAAGAUGUGUUCACUUGGCAUGCCAAGUUCGAUCAGAUACACAAGGAUCCAGAAGCUGAUCUUGUGAGGCCGGGUGCCUUGGUGAAGCUUCGUCAAGCGGUGCAGCAACCCAGAUGUGGAUGGGGCGGUCUCACCCAUGAACUCGUUCUUGGGGUCGUCCAGAAGGUGGAAAAGUGCAUCGCAUCCGUGAACUUGGGCUACAGCAACAGAUGGCAUGGCCCGUUGGAUGAGUUUGAGGCGAUCAAGCCUUCAGACAGCUUGCAAGUGGGCUCCCACAUCCGACUCAAAAGCACAGACAAAGUUCCUAGAUACGGAUGGGGAGGGCACAAGAUGCGUGCUGCGAUCGGUGUGGUCGCUAAGAUUGCGGAUGAGGAUAUAAAGGUGAAUUUUCCUGACAUGGACGAGUGGAAGUGCAAAUGUGAUGAGAUUGAAGUGGAUCCCGUGUCAAAUCGGAUCCGGCCAGGAGAAACGGUGCAAGUGCGACAACAGGUAUUGGUCCCCAAGUUCGAGUGGGGCGGUGUCAAUCAUUCUUCAGUUGGGGUUGUGGAGUCAAUCACCCAUGAUGGCAUUGUAGUUGUGGACUUUCCAAGCUGUUGCUGCUGGCACGGCCUUCUUGCCGAGCUUGAGAUCGCGGCACAACCAUUGACCAGAAAGCGGGUGGCCCUCAUCAUUGGAAAUCACACAUAUAUAGACAAAGAAGCGUAUCCCUUCCUCAAAGCCGCCAAGAACGAUGGCCGGGAUACCCAGAAGAAGCUGGGGCUGCUCGGGUUCGAUUUCGUGCUGCAUGUGGAGAACAUGUGCAAAAGUGACUUGGCGAUAUUCCUCCGACAACUUGAGCAGAAUGUUGAGAACGGAAGCAUCGUCGUUAUCUACUUUGCGGGUCAUGGUGAAGCAGAUCGUCAGACUGUAUUGCUUGCUGCGCAUGAUUCAGACAGCAAGCAGCGAAGCACGAAAUUCGACACAGACCUCAUCGUUCAUGCCAUCGCCGGCUGGUCUUCGAAGGAUUUGUUUGUCCUGUUCAUUCUAGACUGCUGCUGCUUGAAAUCAGAUGAAUGUGGAUCCGCCCCCACGACACGCGCGCCUGUCAUCACAAACAUCGCUUGUAACCAAUUCUAUUGCGUCUUGUCUUGCCAGCAGUUUCAGUCGGCUUGCCCAAAAGAGCACGGAGACUUCAGCAGAUGUUUCUUGCAAUGUGUCGAUGAAGAAGUAUCUGUGCAUGAGCUCUUCGAGAAGGUAGCUCAGAAGCUUGGCAGGCGACAGCGACCCCAAGUCUGGCAGGAAGGGCAUGAAGCCUCGCAAAUAAAGCUUUCGUGUGGCGAAAAUGUCUACCAGGCCUCAGAGGACGACAAGGUGGAGCGAUUGAAGGCAUCGAUCAAAGAAGGCGAUCAACGUGCAAUGCUUGACCACUUGUGCGAUGUUCGGGAGAUUCUUGGGCCCAGGUUGUCUUAUGCUCUGGAAGAUGCAAUGCUUCAAGGUCACAUCCCAGCCCAUUACGAACAGGGCCUCAGCAGAUGGGAGGUGAUUAUGUUCCGGUUCAUUUUUGACAUAUCCGAUGAUGAACCUGCGCAUGCUUCGGCGUCUUUUUACCAAAGGGUGUCUUGA